UGGCAACGAUUGUAGGCAGCGGGAGAGAAGCUCCGAUUGGUCCAAAACCGUGUCAGUCAGGUAGCACGGGAAACGGGCCUUUGGGUGUGUAGAGACUCCCGGAAAGGGAGAGAGAGCGCAGCGCCUGGCUGGGCACGCUGUUCGAUUGAGCAGCGUGUGCCCUGACUACGUCGUAGGAGCAGCAGAAUCCAUGCGAGUGUCCAGCAUCCUUUUCAGAACGCGAAUGCCUCUCAGGCCUGACAAUGGAGGGCAGCAGUAGAGAUCUGGUGGAGAAGUUUGUUAGUAAGAAACUUUCCCAGAAUGAAGCCUGCAGGAAGUUCUCCAAUAAUCCCCAACCCAAUGCCAUAUCUAAUGGAACUUCUACUUCAGAGCGCCCCGGGGAAGGGGCCACGCAGGGCAUUGUGGAGGAGGAAGUCCUUCAAGCCCUUUUGGAAGCAACAGAGGAGUUUGAGUUGAGAUAUCAGCGUGCCUUCAGUGACCUGACCUCACAGCUGCACAUCACCCAGGACACGGCCCAGCAGAGCUUCCAGCAAGUUAUGGGAGAGUUGUUCAGGGAUGGGACAAACUGGGGGAGAAUUGUGGCUUUCUUCUCAUUUGGGCGGGCCCUAUGUGUGGAGAGUGCAAACAAGGAGAUGACUGAUCUGCUACCCAGAAUUGUCCAGUGGAUGGUGAAUUAUCUAGAGCACACACUGCAGCCCUGGAUGCAGGAGAAUGGAGGCUGGGAAGCUUUUGUUGGCCUGUAUGGAAAGAAUGCCGCAGCCCAGAGCAGAGAAAGCCAGGAACGAUUUGGCAGGUUGCUGACUAUAGUGAUGCUGACUGGUGUUUUCGCAUUGGUCUGCUACAUGAGGCGCCGAUAGAAUCCUUAACUACACCCAGGAAGUUCUGCAAUACACCUUUGAUAUGCUGUUGGCUUGCACUGGGUCGCCUAUCAUGGACAGACUAGUCCAGUGGCUUGGAUUUUUUUUUUUUUUUUUAUGGUUUUUCAUUUCUUGAGGUCCCCUUUGCUCACAGCCGUUACAGGUUUUAUCUUAACUGGCCUUCAGCCUGAGCUGCUACAUAAGCAAUGGCUUCCUGGCACUAUUUAGGAACCUCUGUGUUAGGUUGUUUGUUGUUGCCUUGCGCUCAGCAAUGGUUAUUAAACAUUAUGUGUAAAA